GAAAAAACUGAUGCCUCUCAAAAAAGCUUAAUUUAUCCUGGAAGAAGGAAUAGGAUGCCAUUUUCCACAAACUACUGUGUACUUUCCAAAGGUUUCUUGAAAAACCAAGCGAAAGGCAAAUCAUGUUUGCUUCGCAGAUGUACGAACGCUAUGAGGUCCGCACUGACCCAACUGCAGAGGACGGAAUCGACGCUGCAGAGGAAGACGCAAGCCAAGGAGCAGCGGGCAACGAGGAUCUUGGUAAGGAAGACGAUGGCCUACAACAUCUCCAGGAAAUUCGCAAGGGCCUCUCUCGCUUUCACGGCCUGAAAUCGUCAGAAGAGAAUAGGAAGAAACAAGAGCGUGAGCUUGCUGAGUGUCGCGAUAUUCUCAGACGAUACUUGCUGUUAGACGUGGCGCCCGUGGUCAAAGAUAUUCUUGCUAGUGGGAAUCCGAAUCCAGACAAAACAUCCUCACAUCAAAAGCCUAGAACGAAGUUUCGCCCCUUAGGGUUAUGGGCUGGCUCCUUGCACCUGGUCUUCGCAGAUCCCCAAGCGCAAGUAAGGGAACUGCUCCUCAUGACCGAGCUAUGGAUUGUCUUUUCGGGUUUACUGGGUUUCAUAGCAUACGGCUUUCUCGUCUUGGAUACCGAAACACUCUUCUAUUCGACGUUUCUUAAGGCGGGGAGGAAGUCUGCUUCUAUAAGUGAUGCUUUUUGGUAUAAUUUACAAAGUGAAUCUUCUGACAACUACAGUCAAUAAACUAGCACUGUACCAAAAAGAACAAGUCUACUUCCUCCACUUCUAAGCUUCCAGGCCACGAUAGCGACGAUUCUUCAAGCUUCAAUUGGGGCAAGCCACUGAUUACGGCUAAAAACGGCAGAAUGAUGGGCAAAGUGUCGGCAGUUAUGUGCUGUGUGUCCUUUUUGGCGUCUAUCUUGCUGUGUCUGUUCUUUGCGAUGAUGGUAUCACACUUGGGCAUCGCACAAGCAUAUGACUCUGCGGCAAUGGAGCGGAUAAGAAGUUCUACAGGAAGCGCUACAGUAGAAGCAGCCCCAUCGUUUCGAACGUUGCGGAUUAUACGCUGUCUUCGAACAAUCAGUGCGAAUUUUUUCUUCUGCAUCAAGUAGGGCGAAGGAAUGCUUCUACAAGUGAUCAGUUGGGUACAGAAGAUGCUACUCAUGAUCGAAAUUGAGAUGUGAAUUUCCAAAUGGUGUAAGUAAAAAUCAAGUACAGUAGUGCGACCGUCUGCUAUGAGCACCCUUAAUGAAAGAGUUUUCUGCCACCUGCUCUAAUUCCUCGGAAUCAACUUUCUUGGCGUCUCCCUUUUAAUGUACGCGCUGACCCUGGUUCCAGCCUCGUACGGUAUCGUUGCAGCAGCUAGUGCAGUCGCUCUUUGGUUCACGCCGGAUUACCUCAUCAAAAUGUACGCUACUUCCACGGGCUCUCUUGCCGCUAUACACUUUCCGACGUUUUUCAAAGUGGCUGGUUUCUACAGUUUUGCCGGUGGCCAACCGCCAAAUCGGAUGCCUGAUCUAUUAGGUGGCGAGCUAGAGCUGUCGGCACGAAGAGAAAGCACAGCAUUGAUAGAGGGGUUGAUUAAGGGUUGGAAGUUGACCUCUCUCACCUAUAAGCAUAGAUCUCUAUGGCAGGCUUCCUCAAGUAGGAAAGCCAUAGAUGAUAUGCGAACUACUAGAUCAGGGUCAACUUUCAAGCUCUAAGUUGAUGCAGAAAAGAAAAGAGUUCCUGGAAAAGAAACGUGAAUCGGAGAGGAAUCCUACUCUGGGACGUAAAAGCAAUGUUGUCUCGGACAGUGAGGAUUUGUGGUACGUGAUGGCACCAUUGUUGGAAGAAAUAAGGACAACUACGAACUGAAAUGGAAGUGACGCGCAACAUCAUGAU